AACCUUUUCCAGAUUCUCUGCGGACGAGCGCGGGAGAGAGAGAGAGAGCGCGCGAGCUUGAUGACGACGCGAGACCAGAUGGAGACGGCGUCGCCGGCCGCCGGCGAUCUCGACGUCGACGCGAUUCGAAGCCGAGUGAGGGAGCUCAAGCAAGUAUGCAGGGAUUGCACGGAGCACGCGCCGGAAACGUCCCCGGCCGACGCGGAGGAUUUGCUCAAUCGAUGCGUUCUGGAAAUCGAGAGCGGGGUGAAGCAGAUUGUGUCGGAGUAUUCCGAUGUGAGUGGCUUCGGGCAGGAAGAUUUGGAUGCAUUCUUAGGACAGUUGAAGAAAGAGCUGGAUGCAGUGCAAGCUGAAAACAAUAAAAUCUCUGAUGAAGUUGAGCUUAUCACAAGAUCCAUAAUGGCUGAUUCUAGUGCUUUAGAGAGUGACCUUGAAGGGCUGGAAUAUUCUCUGGAUCUUAUUGGCUCUCAGGGUCUAAUGAAGGAAAAUGCUGGAAAAGUGGGCAUGGAUUAUCAAUCGAGUUUGAUGAAUACAGAUGUGUGCCACAAGUUCGAGGCCCUAGAUCUUGAAAGUCAAAUUGAGGAGAAAAAGAUGCUGUUGAAAUCUCUCGAGCAUAUGGACUGUCAACUAAGAAAGGAUGAUACAGUUGAACAAAUUGAGGAUGCUUUGACAGGAUUAAAGGUCAUUGAAAUUGAUGGGAGCUGUAUUCGCUUGUCACUGAACACGUAUCUUCCAAAAUACGAAAGCUACCAGCAGAAGAUAGAAGAGGCCGUUGAGACUGUGGAAUUGAACCAUGAGUUGCUGAUUGAACUCGUGGAUGGGUGUCUGGAGAUUAAGAAUGUUGAGAUAUUUCCCAAUGAUGUGCAUAUCGAUGAUAUUGUUGAUGCUGCAAAGGAUUUCAGGCAGUCAUUUUCAGAAUUGACAAUACAUCAGACACCAUUAGAGUGGUUCGUGAGGAAAGUGCAGGAAAGGCUUAUUAUGUCAACCUUGAGGCGAUUGGCAGUCAAGACUGCAGCUAGAUCAAGGCACUUCUUGGAGUACGUUGAUAGAGAUGAAACUAUUAUAGCUCAUAUGGCCGGUGGGAUUGAUGCAUUAAUAAAGGUGCCUCAAGGUUGGCCAAUGCUGAACAUUGCACUGAAGCUCAAAUCAUUGCAGAGUUCAGAUUGUCAUGCUAGAAAUAUAUAUUCAAGUUAUCUUCGAAAGGUCGAGGAAGCAGCCAACUCCUUAGAUUCACAGCAAAGGAUGAACUUGUCAAGCUUCAUGGAUGACAUCGAGAAGAUACUUAAAGAAAAGGACUUCGAAUUCCAGUCAAGUAAGAGCUAGAGGUCAUAACCAAGCCGUGGAUGUCACUAAGGUUAUAUAUGCUAUCGAGUUGCAUUCUAAUAUCAUGAAUCAUUCUCUAGGCAAUAGUUUUUUACAAGUCUAACCGUCAGGGAUACUUUGUAUGAUUCACCAAGAAUUAUCCCAGUGACUAAUGGUUUGCAGACUGUAUUCCCCGGCAUAAUAUCUGUAUUCUUGUUCCAUCUUUCCAUGCUUUGUACUAAAAGAAAAGAAAAAGAAGCUGUUUGUUCAUCUGUUUA